AUGCUUUUCUCGCAACCAUUGUCACGCGUCGUCAUCCGGAACAUGCAUCGAUGCUUGACCAAACCUCGUACUACCAACUUCAUCGCAGGGGCAUGUCAAUUCUCCAAGGAUUACAACAACGAAUCAAACGCCAAGCAGGUCGUGAAAACAAACGAGAAGGUCAUGUCAACCAGUCACAAGAAUGAAAAGCAGGCUAAACCAGAGCCGCAGCAAAGGAAAGUAUUCACCUAUGUGAAGCACCGUGGAUCACGUAGCGAGUAG